GAGAUCCUAAAAUAUUCAGCCUGAGAUCUCCUGCCAAUGUGGAAGCUGUUAAAACUUUUAGAGCAGCCAACCAAAACUUCAGUAAAUAUUAAGUGAACUCGUAAGUGCCAGGCACUGCUCCAGCCCCAGGGUUACAAAGCUGUGUCCUUAGGGAACUUACAAAGUUACCAAGGGUCCAAAUGAAGAAUAAUGAAACACGUGGAGAGAAGGGCAUGGAUUCAGGAUAUAUUGAGAUAGUAACUCUAAGCAGUGAGAAUUCUCUCUGAAGGCAGAUUGCUAGAAUACAGAGAAAGCGUAGAUUAUUAGAAACAGAGCUAAUGUUUUGCUAAGGCAGAGGAAAGCCCUGUCUUUUUAAGAGUGCUUUUUUUUCCCCUCACAGUAACAAACCCAGUCAAUCUCCAGAGAACAGGAAUAUUAGUGAUUUAUGGGUCUGUGAAAAUACCUCUUCUGCUUGAUUUUUUAUCUCUGCCUAUUAAUAAGAUAUAAGCCUGUGAAAUAACCCUAAAUCAAACCCAUGUAAAUAUGUAAUGUAAAUCAUGUUAAAAAAAAUCCAUCUGGAUCUGACUCCUUCACAAUGACAUUAUAAGUGUGACAGCAGUUGAAGGACAGUCAUUUGCUACAUUGAUGGAUCUUUGAAUCUUCAGCCCAACAAGCUCACUUCUCUUACUUCUUUCAGAUUUCAGCCUUCUUUCCUUUACGCACACGCGCGCGCGCGUACACACACACUCACACACACACACCCUUUUCUUUCUCGCCAAGAAAGACAAAGCUAUUGACAACAAGCCCAGAGUUGCCCCCAAGUUCCGACCACCGGCUCGAAUUCUUAUGAAGUGGACUUGUAAUAUCCUUAAUGCUGCUGUUGGCAGUCAGUUACAGAUUCCAUUAUUGUCGAUCAAUGCAGUCGCCAUGCGAGGUGGGGGGAGGAAUGGAGGAGGAGCAGAAGAAAGGAGGAACGAGAGCUUCCUAUUCACAGAUUUAUCAACCUGCCUUUGCUCGCAGGAAAUCUUCGUUAAAGGGGGCUGGGAUGCUGUUGAAACAGCUAAAGCAGGAAGGGGUUAGGGGGGCUGCAUUUUUCUUGGGCUGACUGAAAGGAAAUUUGAAAACCUUUCUUCUCAGAACAAAACAAAAUGCUGAAUUUGUUCUUUUGCCUUUGUUUUUGUUUGAUGAUAUGAUUUACUUAACUGAUUAGCUAUUGUGCUGAGUGGUUAUCGAAGCUGCUUCAGUGUAGGAACCUGUUUCUUUUCGUUGAGUAUCUUUAUUCUUUAUUUUCCUUUGCUUUCUCCUGACAUUGAACACAAAUCAUUAUUCACUUUUAUCCUGGCUUUCUCUUUCAGGCUAAAGCUUAACACCAAGAGACUGAAGGACAAAUCUCUCUUCCCUUCUUUUCUAUCACCCUCUUUUAACCCUCUCUGCUUCCUCCCCUCUCCCCACCCCGUUGUAUUAGAUUGAUGUCACAGAGACAGAAUUCAGAGUGGAGGGAGGAUCACAUUUUCUCUUUCAUCGUUACAGCCUAGCCAGCAGUUUAAGUGUUAGACCCCCCCCCAAGAAUUGAAUCUCUGUGUCUUUCUUUUCCCGCUCCAUCAUUCAGUAAUUGUGCUCUGUAUGGAAAAGUUUUCUGGCUGGAGAAUGAGUCUCCUUUCCCCCGGUGAUGUGGCCGAGUGGUUGGAUAGUAGCACGGAAGAGGAGAAGAGCCUUCUGUCAUUUCUGGAUUGUCUAAUGUUAUCUGAGAAGCUGGAUUCCUAUAUGUCUGUCAGUUGAAGUGGAGAUGGGAAGCAGUUGUGAUAAAGAGGUGCCAGCAGAAAGGUCCCCCCGCAGACGGAGUAUCUCAGGGACCAGUACAUCAGAGAAACCCAAUUCUAUGGACACUGCAAAUACCUCACCCUUCAAAGUACCAGGGUUCUUCAGCAAGCGCCUGAAAGGCUCCAUCAAGAGGACCAAAAGCCAGUCAAAGCUUGACAGAAACACGAGCUUUCGACUUCCCUCACUUCGCAAUACAGAUGACAGGUCUCGUGGGCUGCCUAAACUAAAAGAGUCCCGCUCCCAUGAGUCCUUGCUGAGCCCGUGCAGUGCAGUGGAAUGCCUGGACCUAGGCAGAGGGGAGCCUGUGUCCGUGAAGCCACUGCACAGCAGCAUCCUUGGCCAAGACUUCUGCUUUGAGGUUACCUACUUAAGUGGAAGUAAAUGCUUCAGCUGCAACUCUGCUUCAGAGAGAGAUAAGUGGAUGGAAAACCUUCGCAGGACAGUUCAACCAAAUAAGGACAACUGCAGACGAGCUGAGAAUGUCCUCCGUUUAUGGAUCAUUGAAGCCAAGGACCUCGCCCCUAAAAAGAAAUACUUCUGUGAACUGUGCCUUGACGACACCCUCUUCGCUCGUACAACCAGCAAGACCAAAGCAGACAAUAUUUUCUGGGGCGAACAUUUUGAGUUCUACAGCCUUCCACAUCUUCAUAGCAUCACAGUUCACAUUUAUAAAGAUGUGGAAAAAAAGAAAAAAAAAGACAAGAAUAAUUAUGUAGGGCUCGUCAACAUCCCCACUGCCAGUGUGACUGGUCGCCAGUUUGUGGAAAAGUGGUAUCCAGUAAGCACGCCUACACCCAACAAAGGAAAGACAGGAGGACCUUCUAUUCGGAUUAAAUCACGUUUCCAAACUAUCACCAUUCUGCCUAUGGAGCAAUACAAAGAAUUUGCAGAAUUUGUCACCAGCAACUACACCAUGUUGUGUUCUGUUCUUGAACCAGUAAUUAGCGUGAGAAAUAAAGAGGAGUUGGCCUGUGCCUUAGUGCACAUUCUUCAGAGUACUGGCAGAGCAAAGGAUUUUCUGACCGACUUGGUGAUGUCUGAGGUGGAUCGCUGUGGAGAGCAUGAUGUCUUGAUCUUCAGAGAGAACACCAUUGCCACCAAGUCCAUUGAGGAGUACCUCAAGUUGGUGGGACAGCAGUAUCUUCAUGAUGCACUAGGAGAGUUCAUCAAAGCUUUGUAUGAGUCAGAUGAGAACUGUGAAGUGGAUCCCAGCAAAUGUUCAUCCAGUGAGCUGACAGACCAUCAGAGCAACCUGAAGAUGUGCUGUGAGCUGGCUUUCUGCAAGAUCAUCAAUUCUUACUGUGUUUUCCCUCGUGAGUUGAAAGAAGUGUUUGCGUCAUGGAAGCAGCAGUGCCUGAACCGUGGCAAGCAGGACAUCAGCGAGCGGCUCAUCAGCGCCUCGCUGUUCCUCCGCUUUCUGUGCCCGGCCAUCAUGUCGCCCAGUCUCUUCAACCUCAUGCAGGAAUACCCUGACGACCGCACGUCUCGGACUCUAACGCUCAUUGCCAAGGUCAUCCAGAACCUGGCCAACUUUGCCAAAUUUGGUAACAAAGAGGAAUACAUGGCCUUCAUGAAUGACUUUCUAGAACACGAGUGGGGUGGAAUGAAGCGCUUUCUUCUGGAGAUCUCUAAUCCUGACACCAUCUCAAACACCCCAGGCUUUGAUGGCUACAUUGAUCUGGGCCGAGAGCUUUCAGUUUUGCAUUCCUUACUAUGGGAAGUGGUUUCCCAACUUGAUAAGGGUGAAAAUUCCUUCCUACAGGCGACCGUGGCAAAAUUGGGACCUCUCCCUCGUGUUCUCGCUGACAUUACCAAAUCUCUGACUAACCCCACACCAAUACAACAGCAGCUGAGACGCUUCACCGAGCAUAACUCCAGUCCAAAUGUCAGUGGGAGCCUCUCCUCUGGGCUGCAGAAAAUAUUUGAAGACCCUACUGACAGUGAUUUACAUAAACUGAAAUCUCCAAGCCAGGACAACACAGACAGCUAUUUCAGAGGGAGAACGUUACUGCUGGUUCAGCAGGCCUCCUCGCAGAGCAUGACUUACUCGGAAAAGGAUGAAAAGGAAAGUAGCCUCCCUAACGGCCGGAGCAUCUCCCUCAUGGACCUCCAGGACACGCACGCCGCUCAGGUGGAGCACGCGUCCGUCAUGCUUGAUGUGCCUGUGCGCUUGACCGGAAGCCAGCUGUCCAUAACCCAGGUGGCCAGCAUCAAACAGCUGCGGGAAGCCCAGAGCACCCCCCAGAGUGCACCCCAAGUGCGAAGGCCCCUGCACCCGGCCUUGAACCAGCCAGGCAGCCUCCAGCCCUUGUCAUUCCAGAACCCUGUCUAUCACCUCAGCAACCCAAUCCCAGCCGUGCCAAAGGCCUCUGUGGACUCCAGUCUGGAGAACCUAAGCACUGCCAGUUCCAGAAGCCAAAGCAACAGUGAAGACCUCAGGCUCAGCGGGCCCAGCAACAGCAGCAUGGAAGAUUUCAGCAGGCGCAGCGCCCAGAGUGAGGGCCUCUCCCGGCCGCACACCGUGCCGGACAGGCACGGACCUCUUGCUCUGCCUCGGCAGAGCAGCACCGGGCAGGCCCAGGUCCGGAAAAUGGACCAGGCUGGGCUGGGCGCCCGAGCCAAAGCCCCGCCGUCCCUGCCGCACAGCGCUUCCUUACGGAGCACGGGGAGCAUGUCGGCGGCGUCUGCAGCCCUGCUGGUUGAGCCUGUGCAGCACGGGAGCCGGUCCCGGCAGCAGUCCUCUUCCUCCAGGGAGAGCCCUGUUCCCAAAGUGAGGGCAAUCCAGAGGCAGCAGACGCAGCAGGUUCAGUCACCUGUGGACUCUGCCACGAUGUCCCCAGUGGAGAGGACAGCAGCCUGGGUUCUGAACAAUGGGCAGUAUGAAGAGGAUGUGGAAGAAGCUGAGCAAAAUCAGGAUGAAGCCAAGCAUGCUGAGAAGUACGAACAGGAAAUUACUAAACUGAAGGAGCGCCUGCGAGUGUCGAGCCGGCGGCUGGAGGAGUAUGAGCGCCGGCUGCUGGUGCAGGAGCAGCAGAUGCAGAAGCUGCUGCUGGAGUACAAGGCCCGGCUGGAGGACAGCGAGGAGCGGCUGCGCCGGCAGCAGGAGGAGAAGGACAGCCAGAUGAAGAGCAUCAUCAGCAGGCUAAUGGCUGUGGAAGAGGAAUUGAAGAAGGACCAUGCUGAGAUGCAAGCAGUCAUUGAUGCAAAGCAAAAAAUAAUUGAUGCACAGGUCAUAAAUGGAGAUGAGAUUAUUCAAACAGGAAAAACGGAUCGUGUCGCUGGAUUCGGCCAACACCAGACUGAUGAGCGCGCUGACGCAAGUGAAGGAGCGGUACAGCAUGCAGGUCCGCAAUGGCAUCUCCCCCACCAACCCCACCAAGCUUUCCAUCACGGAGAAUGGUGAAUUCAAAAACAGCAGCUGCUGACGGGCUUUGUGAAUAGACAGACUGCGGGAGGAGGCAGAAGGAAGUGUCCCCGCUCUCCUCCCCCCAGCCCUCUCCCCAGCCCCGCCAGGUUUACAGAACGUUGCUACUUCAGAACAGCAGGGUGGCGAGAAGCUCUCGAAUGGAGAAAGGAACCUUGUCUUUCAGGGCAUAAGGCUGAGACUUCCAAGGUCGACGCUUUCCCCCCGUGUCUCUGUGUACAUAGGGAAUACUUAGUUCUGGGCCAUGUACAGAAAAGACCACUGUAAUAUACCCAAAGGAAGUUAAUAAUGUAGAUUACCUUUUUAACUAUUGCUAUUUUUAUGAUUGUUGUCCUCUCAUUGAAAGCACUGCAGUUCUUAGAGGAGGCAGAGUAGGAAGCGCGUGUGAGUGAGAGACGAGCCCGGCGCUCAGUAGGUAGAGACCACGAGUCUGUCAGAUCGAGCACGCAGACCACAGUAGGACAUGGCUGGAAUGAAUUUUUCAGGGAUUCAUCUGCCAGUUUAAAAACCCCACUCUGGUUCCCUUGUCCUUUAGGAAAAGGUGCGAAUACCAAGAUCCAAACAAAAUAGUUUAUCCCAUUGAUCAACCAAGACUAGUUCUGGGUGGACAGCUAAUCUGAUUUGGGGAUACACUGUUCCAGAGGACACAGAUAAGAGCUGUUGCAUCAAAACUGAACUUGAGGAGUCAUUUCUAAUGGAAUUCCUGUUCGUGUUCAUUUCCUUCUGUCUGUAGCAGAUGGGAGUUUUCCAUUUUAGAUAGGGGGCUUUUUUUUAACCCCAAUUGUAAUAAAGGGUGUUCUUUUUCCUCUUUAGAGUUUACAACACUAUAAAUAUUUGUGUCUCUGUAUACCAUCUUCAUCUUCACACACCCACUGCCCUUUCCUUCCCCAUGUGGGAGCAGCCAUCACCAACAGGGUUUACUCUCCCCUGGAGAGGUUAUUCAAAUAUGCUGUCCAUAAGCCAUCUGAAAUAUACACCCUUUCUUCCAUACAGAAAAGGGCUAACCAUACCAUAGCCAAAAUCUCUGAAUAUUUCCUACUGAUUUUUUUUUUUCUAUUUGUAAGUCAUCAUUUUUGUUUGGGAUAAAGAUUUUAUCCAGUGUACUAGCAAAUCUCUGGGCAGGGUAAUUUUUUUCUCAGUCUUUAACUUUUAAAUUGCUCCUUCCUCUAAUCUCAGUAAAAUUUGGAAAAGAAAUCCACAUCUGAAGCAUUGCUCUCUUGAAAGUCAUGAUUACUCUUAAUAAAAAAAUAAAAUACUAGAAGUGCAAGGUCAGCACAUUCCAGUUUUUAUUCCCAUGCUCUUUGCAGAUUUGGCAAUAAUAACCCAGUUUCACUAGUUGUCAUCCUUGGCUUUAUUGUUGGACAGAAACCUUCAUGGAAACUAAUUUGCUUCCUUUUUCCCAGAGGUGUGAAAUGUCAUCUUGAAUGCAACCUUGAUUUCUAGAAGUAUGGAAUGUUACAAGUUAAGCAGACAUUACAUAUACAAGUAUAUAUACAUAUAUAUAUCCAUACAGAUGUACAUACGACUGCACAAAUAGGAAAAGUUCCUGCCUUCUCUGCUGUCAGAUAUAAUGUUAAAAGGGAUUUGAAACUCUUUAAGCAAGAUCUAAGCAAUUGUUCAUAUUGAGAAACAACAUUUCUCCAAUAAGUUAAGGAUGUUUAUUUUAAAUUAUAAACUUAAAGGAAUUUUUUUAAAAAGGAAAAGGGGAGAGGAGGGUUAAACAAAAAAAAAAAAGACCUGAGAAAGCCAUAUGCAUGGAGCUAGUGUUUCCACAUAACAGAAUAUUUAUAAGAGGACAAGGAACUUUUAUUAUGUCCCCUUUUGGGUGAAGCCCCAACAGAGAACCAAGCGUCCCUUGUCCCCACACCCCAGGCUGGCAUCCCGACCUCUUCAGCACCAGGAGGAUCUUUGUGUUGGACCUUGCGUCUCAGCAGCCUCACCGUGGUCCCCACCCCACAACCUGUGAAAACAUUUCCCUUUGUAACACCCCCGCCUCUGCCAGCCAGAGAUCUAAAACAGGGGCUGUCCUGGUGGCUGUCUGAUCUGCAGGCUCCAUGCCCACGUGUUUUGGCACUUGGGGAGCUUCUUGACCCUGGAUGAUUAUUUUACAGAUUCUUAUCUCUUCCCUCCAAGCUGAGGGUGCACGGUGGCCAAAAUCACUUAUUUUAGUAGGAAAAAAACAUUACCAAUUCUGAAGGAAGGAGUGCCCUUUGUUGCAGAAGAGGGUAUGUAAACAUAGAUCUGUUCUUGUUUGCAGCUGUUCUCAGCUCUAGCCAUGUUUAAUUCAUUCUUUGUAAAAGCCUUCAGAAACCUGGUAAAAGAAUGGUCAGUUUCAGUGGCCUUAAGUAUGUAACAUGGGUGACGUCUUGCGUUGAAGUUUGGAAGCUCUCAGGUGGUGGCUAUGGAUGUCAGAGGGCUGAGAGACUAUAUUGGAGGGUUGGGGAGACACCAAAAAUCAAAUAUGUUUAUGAUGGACACAGGCAUAUCUUGCCAGCAUCAUGGGAGCACCUUAGAGGGCUGCCUCUGUUGGAAGAUUAAAUGCCCAAAACGUUUGGAUAGAUUGUGCAGCCCUCUAUUACCAGGUCGUCUUGAAUAAAGAGAGUAAAUAAAGUUAGAAGUAAGCUACAAGUUCAGUGUAGUUGCCAGAUGUUAAAUUUUAGAUUAUCCUUUGAGCUUAUUCCUAUCCAAAUACUCUUCUGAGGAUUUCUUUAAAGAAUGCUGCAAUCUGUAGAGAUCUUAUCCUGAAAGAUACUUUUUUUAAGUAUGGAAGAAGGCAGCAACAGAUGAUAAUUUUUAUGGCGGUAUUGCUUAAUUGGCUUUUCUUCAGCCCUAGUAAGUACCUAGCCCUGUUUUGCUGGGAGGAGGUGCAUAGUUGACAAAAAAGGAGUGAGAGAAGACAGCCACGUCCUGCACUCCUGACACCCAGCACAUCACAGCACAGACGGGUGCGGCACAGACCAGGGCUGAAUGGAAUUUGGAGUUCAGGUGAAGGGCUUGCAAAGUGCUUGUCUGGCUGGCAACCAGACGUGGCCGUGAACAAGAACAAUGCUGGUAGGAUUUAGGAAAAGAGCUUGCUAUUUCACUGUCAUUAUCACUGGAGCAAUAAGCUUCCUGAGCCGAAGCUGCCAAAAGGAGUGACAUUUCCAUCAGGUCAUCAUAGUCCCUGAGUCUCUGCAGUGCAAGCUGUGACGGGGGGAGAUUCUAACUGGGUGACAGUGACAAACCCUUGAGCACUUGCUGUGUUCCAGGCACUAUCCCCGAGGUCCUGCUGAAGUCAGGGCAGUCUGUUGGUCAGGGAAAUGUUGCAGAGUGAGGUGACAGUGCUGCUGGAACUUUGGGCCUUUUUCACUUGGUAUUGAGUUGGUCAGAAUUAGCUUUCUCUGGUCUGCUUCUGCCUUUCACUGGACAGUGAAAGAAAGAGUAGAAUUUUGUGUCUACAACUGCUGUAUGCCCUUGAGAAUUAACUUGAGUAAAGUUUUUCAGGUCUUUGUUUAUGUAUCUGUAGUUCUGCCGACCCUCCGAGGCGCACUGGGUUGAGAGCCAUUCCUUUUCGGAAGCCCCAGAGCGAGACCAUUUCCAUCAAGUGAGUUUGAUUACAAUUAGUUCCACCUUCCACCUGGAUUUAGUUUUAGUUGUCUCCAGUUUGGAGUUUCUGAGAAGGCUGGUUGUGGGACUGAACUUGGGGAAGGAAGCCUCUUUGGGAUUACCUAAGGCCCGUGUGACCCUGAUGGAGUGGACACCAGACUAGACUUGUUCCUGGGCCCAGCUCAGCCCAGGCCACACCUUCCCUGUGUUGUCGGCGCCACCACUGGGGGGCACCUUCUCCCACAGACAGUGGGAGACAAAGGGGGCUUCCUUCUCUGCAUCCCUUUCCCUUUCUCAAGUCUAGUAGUGAAAUCUCCUGCUCACUUCCACAGUAAAUAGCUUCUUUCCUACCCCCUACCAGAGGGCCAAGAAUUUCGGGCCAAGAGCUUCAAGACUCUUUUUUCAUCAAUAUGUCAAUCGAAAUGACCUCUUUUACUAGUUUUUUGAAAAGCAAGAUAUGUUGGUGUGUUGAAUUUUAAAUAGAAUCUCUUUUGGUAUUUGAGUGACUGUUAUUAGUUCUAGAAGCAUUCUCCUGUCAUGACCCAGUUAUGACUGUGCUUGAGUUUAGGAAGGACAAAAGUGAUGAAAUUUGCAUGAGAGAAUAAAUAUCUUAUGAGGAGUGAAAGAACCUAAGAAAGCUACAUGAUCCAGAAGGCGGCUGACACACAGCAGCCUUCUCCACGGCCCAGAGGCUCCAGGAAACCGAUCCUGUUGCACACCCCGACAAAACACAAAAUUCCUAGGACUUUCUUUUUCAGAAUGUGAGUCCGUUUUAUAGAGCAGUGAUUCCCAAAUUUCCUUGAGUUUUUUAGAUUUUUAUGCUUUCUUUUGUUAGAUGUGGUUCCUUCCUCUUUAAAAUGUACUGUAUGUGUUACACGUACAUAUAAGUUAAACUUGAAAUUGAUUUGGUUUGACAUUGUCUCCAGAACCCUUGAUAUCAUUAUUGGUACCUUGGGGAAUCAUAGAGAGAAAGUUGAAUAUCUCUGAUCUGAGAGGAUCCAGAAGGAAGUAGCUUUGAUUCCUGAUCAGUUAGCCCUCAGGUGUUUGAGUAACCAGCCCAGCAAGGCUUGGUGGUGAGCCAACCAAGGAAAGCAAAGUGGUCAUUUUUGCCCAUCGUUCAGCAUGCAUUUUAAAUUCCUGCUCCUUUCUCAUCUUUCAGUGCCCUUGUCUUCCCCUAGGAAAUGUUUUAGUUCAGGACUUAAACCAGUUUAUCUGUUGUAGAGAGAUUUCCACAGAAGCUGUGUGUUAGGGGCCUUGAUUAUCUGUGUGAGGGUACAAAUAUUUAAAAAUAAAUAUCGUACUUGUGUCAUUUUUAAACUCCCAAGGGAAAAAUUUCAAUUCCCAGUUCACCGAAAGGUUAAAUACUAAUUGACUCAAUGACCACUAUUCUGCAGAAAAUUUGAAAUAAAUAGUGAAGGUUAAA